CGUCCAACGUCACACCAACUUUACUCCAGUGUCUGAGCUCUGUUCUAAAGAAAGUAAUUAAACAGCAAGCACAAUGACCUGUAAGCACAGGGCUGGGUGUCAAACCGCGGACUAGUCGACUAAGUAGGUGGCAUAUUAAUGCGUGUUCGUUUGCGGCAUCACGCACUACGUAGGCACAGUGUUUAGUGUAGUGGAGAGUGGAUUGGGCGCGGUUCUUUCUGUGUGGUUCUUCCUGUUGGUUUGUGUUGUAUGAGGGGCUACAGCGGGCCAGUUCACGGUGGGAAAGGAUGCCUCUGAGGCCGUGUUUACGCCGGAAAAAUGCAGCUCUACUCUGUGUGUCAACGGUUAAAGUCAGACGAGAUGGAUUUUGCGGAUAAUAACGUUAUCGAGUUAUUUUGGGAAAUGAGGCCUAGCAGGGCGAAGAGUCGGGCUUGAGGAAAUCAGUGUAAUCAGCUAUGGCCUCACAACUCCAGGCGUUCUCCUCCCCCUCGGUUUCCUCCAGUGGUCUUUCACGCUCAAAGAAGCUCAAGCUGGAGAAGCCUGCAUGGGAUGGCGAAAACAGUUAUGGUUUGCAGAGCCCGGGACAAUCCGGAACGUCCUCGCCCUCAGCUCCGGAUUUCAACUCCAAUUAUGGCUCUAACGGCCUCGGCAUUCCUUCUUCCAACACCGGCCGCGAGCACACGGUCGUACGAGCAGCCGACAGCACCGGCAGCGUCCCUGGGCCUUCCUCCUCCUCAUCUUCCUCCUCCUCGUCCUCGUCGACGUUGUCAGGACACCGGGGCAAAGACGCUUACCAAAAGCAGAGCGGUGUGAAGAGGAAGAGCGAGGAGGUGGAGAGCAGCGACAGCGUGCAGAUCCUGGAAGAGCUCUCUGCCCCUGUGCUGUCCAACCGGGCUGGCGGAGCAGGAGGAGGAGGAGGCACCACUACGGCACAGUCCAUCACUCACUCCACCUCCACAGCCAAGAGCAGCAACUCUCACAGUGAGGGCGACUACCAGCUGGUGCAGCACGAGAUCCUCUGCUCUGUCUCCAACAGCUACGAGGUGCUGGAGUUCCUCGGACGCGGCACCUUUGGACAGGUCGCCAAGUGCUGGAAGCGCGGCACCAACGAGAUCGUGGCCAUCAAGAUCCUCAAAAACCAUCCGUCUUACGCUCGACAGGGUCAAAUCGAGGUGAGCAUCCUGAGCCGGUUGAGCACGGAAAACGCAGACGAAUUCAACUUCGUGCGCUCGUACGAGUGCUUUCAGCACAAGAACCACACGUGCCUGGUGUUCGAGAUGCUGGAGCAGAACCUGUAUGACUUCCUGAAGCACAGCAAGUUCAGCCCGCUGAUGCUGAAGUGCAUCCGGCCCGUCCUGCAGCAGGUGGCCACCGCGCUGAUGAAGCUCAAGAGCCUGGGUCUGAUCCACGCCGACCUCAAACCCGAGAACAUCAUGCUGGUGGACCCCAUCAGGCAGCCGUACCGGGUCAAGGUCAUCGACUUUGGCUCGGCCAGCCACGUCUCGAAGGCUGUGUGUUCAACCUACCUGCAGUCCAGAUACUACAGAGCUCCUGAGAUCAUCCUGGGCCUGCCGUUCUGCGAGGCCAUCGACAUGUGGUCUCUGGGCUGCGUCAUCGCCGAACUCUUCCUCGGCUGGCCACUUUAUCCCGGAGCCUCCGAGUACGAUCAGAUCCGUUACAUCUCGCAGACACAAGGUUUACCAGCGGAGUACCUCCUGAGCGCGGGAACAAAGACCAGCCGGUUCUUCCACAGAGGACCAGAUGCCAGCUACCCUCUGUGGAGGCUCAAGACGCCGGCAGAGCACGAGUCAGAGCUUGGCGCCAAGUCCAAAGAGGCUCGGAAGUACAUCUUCAACUGUCUUGAUGACAUGAUGCAGGUUAACAUGACGAAUCUAGAAGGCACGGACGUUUUGGCGGAGAAGGCAGACAGGCGGGAGUUUAUCGACUUGCUAAAGAAGAUGCUCGCUCUUGACGCAGAUAAACGGAUCACCCCGACGAAGACCCUUAACCACUCGUUUGUAACCAUGACCCAUCUUCUGCACUUUCCCCACAGUGCACAUGUAAAGUCCUGUUUCCAAAAUAUGGAGAUCUGUAAACGCCGAUGCACCGCCUUCGACAACAACAAGAACCUCUUCAGCAACAGCAGCGGGCCGAGUGCAGCCACCAACCUCACCGUGACCUUCAGCAGCCAGCUCAGUCAGCACAGUCAGCAGAUGGCGCCCUCUGGUGGCCAGUCUCUGUCUCUGAGCAGCAACGUUCCUCUGCUCAACUACCAGCCGGGUCUGUACCAGCAGGCCACCAUCAACAUCCCGGGUCUGACCCAGCAGAGCGUCCCACUGCAGACCAGACACACGCAGCUGUGCACUCAGACUGAGCCCUUCCAGCAGACCCUCAUCGUCUGCCCACCCACUAUACAAGCAGGACUUCAGCCUUCCAGUAAGCAUUCGGGAUAUCCAGUGCGGAUGGACAACUCUGUCCCCAUGGUCCCCCAGAACCAGUCCGCUCAGUCCCUGCACAUCCAGCCCAGCAUGCUGACACAGGGCUCCUGCACACCACUGAUGGUCGCUGCCCUGCACCCCCCUGCAGCAGGAGUGCCCCCCCUGUACCCACUGCCCCUAGCAUUGAGCCGUUCGUCUGCGAUAGCAGGGCACCUGAAGCCGAGCACAGCCAUGCUGCAGGGCUGGCCUGCGGGCACACAGCAGAUCCUCAUCCCGUCGGCAUGGCAACAGAUGCCAGGCAUGGCCAUCCAUGGCACCGGUCAGCCUGUCCUUGCUGACUCUCCUAUGAGUUCUCUAUUGGCUGAUGGCUCGAGUCAGUCCAGUGCCAGUUGGAGGGGGCGACAUGGCGGCCAGUGUGAUGUCGCACAGCAGGAUGCUGCACAGGGAUGCCACAUGACCUCACAGACUCUCAACUCCGGCGCAGCCAACAGUCGGGCACAGCAGAGCGGGGUCAAGAGGUCAAAAGUGCGCCAUGCAGAGAGCAGAGACGGGCCCACGUCCUCUGCGCCGCACACCAGCGGUGACCCUUCACAGCCGAUUAUCAUUUCGGACACGCCCAGCCCAGCCGUCAGCAUCAUCACCAUUCCCAGUGACACGGAGGACGAAGACGAUGCCAAAGUCCCUCCCGCAAGUGCGAACCAGCGUGCGAACGUCAUCAGCUGCGUGACGGUGCACGACUCUCAGGACUCGGACUCGUCCACCUGCAGCCCUCUCAGUCCGAAACGCUUGCCCGAGACCAGCGGACAAGCCUCCAAGUCCCUGGCUGUAGUGAUGCCCUCGCUGAAGACUCAGAUGUGGGAGGGGGCGACCAGCGAGCAAAGCAGCACAGCAUCCGUGAAAUUGAAGAAGACUUCAGCCCUCCAGUCGUCUCGCUCAGGAUUGACCAGCAGCGAGCGGCAUCAGAGAACCGUCACCACCAAAACCCAGCCUCUCAACCUGAGUCAGGUCCAGCAGCCUGUGACGUCCUCUCAUGACAGGUCAGGGGGCGGAUCCCUGAGGCGUCAGCCCACAUAUCCUCCCGCGGGUCCGUCGCACUCCUACAGGCUACGCGAGGCUUCGCUCUUUAGCUCCGCCCCCAACCUGUACGCCUACCCAGCCUCGGCUGCGCUGGCCUCAGUGUCGCAGGCCGUGGACCAGCUGCACAACUCCGCCGGCUCUUCCUCGUCCUCCUCCAUCAGGCACACCCGUGCCACCGGGCCUUACUCUGCCUCGCUGAGUCUGCUGCAGAAGAGCAACGCCAUGGGGCUGAUGGGCCAAUCGGCCGCCUCGCACUGCCAACAGCAGCAGCUCCCCGGGCAGCCGUACCCCCUCAGCCAGAGGAAACUCAACCAGUACCCUUACCUAAGAUGCGGUGUUCGAUGAUAUUGUGUAAGAUGUGAAUCAGCAGCAUCGUGCUUUUCGGAUUUCUUAAUCAUUGAUUAAUUCAGUGUUGCAAGUGGGAAAAAAAAAAACUCAAAUCGAGUACAAGAAGCAGUAAAGUCCUCGUGCCGUCGGGAUUAAAACGAUCGGGGUAGGGUAUGAUGUUCUGGAAUGUUCUCAGGAGGAAGGAAAGGAAGACCGUCGUGGCCGAACCGGAUGAACCUAAUCACGUCCAAAUAGGGUCUGUUUUGAAUUUUGUUGUUUUUUUGUUUGUUUUACUGACUUCAUGUAUUAAUCAUUUUUAACUGUUUAUUUACAGGUGCCUUUGACUAUAUUAGCACUUAUUAUGUUUUAAUAUAUUUUCUAUGAGUGUUUCGUUAUGUUGCUUUUCUGUGUGUGUGUGUUAAUGGAUAUUGUGCUGACAGUCGCAUGUUGUUUAUGUAGAGUCCUAGGCGCUACAUAGUCAGAUGUUUUUAGGCUGCAUCAGCGAAACGAUUAACUGAGCGAGCUACGAAGAGGACGAUGACGACGCACGAAGGCGGUUCUCUGAAGCGGUGGUGUGUCGUCGGUGAUGUAGAUCGCUCGUAAAAACAACAGUUAACAUGGAUGUGUUUGCUCAUAAACUCGUGCCUAGUGCAUUGUGUGUCGUUGAGUCCGAGUCGCAGAGCUAAGCCUGCUUUUCACAAGCUUCUUAUUAGUGGACGUUCUGCUCUAACUAGAAGAUGGUGAUUUCGGUGCUUUUAGGCUGAUCAUGUGUUCGUUUAGAAUAGAUCAAAACUUGUGCAAUUGUGGAUGUUUCUACUCUUCUAUCAGAACGUGGAGUGUAAAGUAGACCAAACUACGGUGACGUCCUGAUUAAAUAUACAUAUUGUAUAUGCACAAUAAACAUUUUCAGUGUACAUUGAUCAUGUGGUCGUGUGUGAGAGCUUGUGUUUUUCCUGAAUAUACUAAACGAGAGUGACGCUUUAUUCAUGUGGCGUUGGGAAACGUGUCAUGUUAACGCUAUCGUCAGUGAUUUUGGAAUAGACUGAUGAAGUUUUUUUUUUUGUUUUUUUUUGUUUUUUUUUUACAUUUUAUUGUUAUUUUUUGUUGUUGUAAGCUGCUCAAAUACCAACGAAUUCAAAAAGCAUAAAAAUUCCUGACCCAACUUGUAAAGCCCUACGUCUGAGGACCGUGUAUACCUUCUAGUCUCUGUCAAACAUUUGAGGAUAAAACAGUUUAUUUUCUUUUCAAAUUUAGUAUCGCUUGAGUUUCACUGACCCGAAAUGCACCUAGAGCUGUGCGAGAGGCAUCUGGAGAUUGUGUAGAAAGAACAAAAACCCAGAAGACUAGACCGAAGUCUUUAAAUGACAAAUAAAGGUCACAGAUAUGUAUGUGCUUAUCGUUUUCUUUAAGACAAACCUGGUUAGUUUUUAGUAGCCUAAAAUAACUUAAAAAAAAUAUGAUGCUCAUUUAUUCAGUUUUUUUCUUUUAAAUGAACAGAUUAAAAAAAAAAAAAGAAAGAAAGAAAAAAGUACGUAUUAGUAAGGAGUAAAAGUCUCAUCAAAAGUCAGUCGGUUAUUAAUGAAAAAUUCAAAAGUUUGAUAAUCAUGCUAAUAUUUGUAGUUAUACAGUUUGACCCAGACUUAAGCUUGACUUCUAAUCUGAUGUCAGAUCUAAUUUAAUUGGAUGGUUUAAGCCCUUUUACCAGUACACAUUGUGAGGAGCGAGUGGAGGGUGAUGGAGACAACCUGCUAAAUCACACGAUCUCCACCACCAAUGGCAGCGAGGCGGACAGCUCAUCCCUCCAGCUGGAGUACUGUCUUACCACCGGUGCGUGUGUUCAGUUUGUUCUUAGGGCUUAUUCGUCAUAAUCGCACUCUCCGUCAUCACCCAGACGAGGAUCGGCUCCCUUUCGAGUCUGGUUCCUUUGAAAGGUUUCUUCCUUUUAUGUUUUUCUUAGCCGCUGUCGUCUUUGCUCGUUACAGAUCUAACUCCACGUCUGGAUUUCUGUAAAAACUGCUUUGUCUUGUUUUAUAGACGAUAUGUACAGGGUGUCCCAAGAGUCUCCGUAUACAGGGGACUGUUCAGCACCACGUGGGUCGUGCCUUCGUCAGCGGGUGUUCGUGGACGUCCGCUUCUCGGUCGGUCCGCAACACUUCCAGGCUUUUUGAAUUUGUUAAUAAGUUUGGCGACAGUGUCGUGUGUGUGUGUGUGAGAGAGAGAGAGAGAUGUGAUGUGAUGUGCUCGCCAUGUUUCCUGUUAAAGUCCAUCGCAACCUUCCCGAUCCAGCCAUGAGAACGAUUUUAACGCUUUCUUCUUCUGGCAAAGGCGUUCUUAAAUAUGGAAAAAAUAUUGAAGACAUUGUGCAAAAAAUUUGGGACACCCUGUAGUGUUAAACAUGCUAUAUGAAUGAAAUGAAAUGAACUCGAAGGGAAUCGGGGCAGCACAGCGGUGCAGUGUGUAAAAGAACAACAGGAGUCCUAAAGCUCCAGUUCUGUGCCUUAAUCAAUUACAAAGAUAAACUUCACUUCUCUGGUCCCUCUAAAUAAAAUAAAUACAUUUUU